AGUUAGUAUGGAGCGAUGAAAACGAUAACGAUUCUAUCUUGUAAGUCAUUCUCCGAUUCAAGUUGUGAUAUCUGCGGAGACCUCUUGUGUCGUCGACAAAGACAAGCCCAAAUAUCCUGGCUGAAGGAAGCCUCAUUCGCAAUACGUGGUUGGCGAGGCGCGCUCAUAUCUCGCCGCCGCCAUGCAAAGAUUAACCAAGAUUGCCCUCUCGGUCCUCUCGCUGGCAUUCAUCAUUCUCUCCGUGGCCUUCCUGGAGGUCAAGGCCCCCAGAUAUUCUCUAAGCAACUCCUCUCAGUCAAUUUCAACUUUCGUAUCGAGCACCCUAGGGCAAGUAUCAGGCAAACUGUCACACCUUAACUCAACAACAAUAACAACCACCACCACCACCACCACCACCACCACCGACAGAAAAUAUGCCUACGCCACAUUCUACUCCUCUCCCGUCAACGACACCCGACCCGACGAUGAGGACAAAUACUUCACAGCGACUCGCGUGCUUCUGUACCAGCUACUCCACCAUCCUUCGACAAAGACACAGCACGACUAUCCUUUGCUAAUCCUGGUGCCUAAUCACGUCGACGCUCGCAAAACCGACCUCCUCGCCCGCGAAGGUGCCACGAUCAUCCGAACUGACAUCCUCAACCCCAACGACACGACCUGGAUCCACCCCGCCCGCGAAAGCUGGGCCGAGCAGUUCACCAAACUCCGCUUAUUCAACAUGACCCAAUUCUCCCGGAUCGCCUUCAUCGACAGCGACAUGCUCCUCAUCCGCAGCCUCGAUGGGAUGUUUGAGGAAGAUGUCGUUCAAAACCCCAUGAUCCCAGUAUCAUCGAUCGAACUGAAGUCCGACGAAGGCCCACUCCCGUUCGAUUACGUCUUCGCCGGUGUCUCCGACGCGGGUGGCCCUCACCACGACAGUGUCCCGGACGAGCAUGACAACGUCAACGGCGGAUUCUGGGUCAUGCGUCCCGACCCGGUCCUGUACGCUUACUAUCUCAGCGUGAUGAACCUACAGGGCCGGUUCGACGACUCGACAAUGGAGCAAGGACUGUUCAAUUACGCGCACCGCAUGGACGGCCCGAUGCCGUACCGCCACCUCAAGACGGGGAAGUGGAACAUGAAUUGGCCAAGUUAUGGGGACGUGGAGCGAGGAGCCGCCAGUGUGCAUGAUAAAUUCUGGGAUCCGGGCAAUGCGGAUUGGAUUGAUAGACAGCUUGUUGAAAUGUGGUGGAGGAUGCAAGGAGAGAUGGAAGGGUUCUGGCUCAGAGCACAGAAGGAUGGGACGUACUGAAGAGUAACAUCAAACUACUCUUCAGUAUCGACGACGGCGCACACCACCCACAUAUAUUCGCGUAAGGUGAAUACUAUGCCGCAGGGGAUUAUUUCACAAGCUGGAACAGGUUAUUAGCCAUUUCAGACCGAGCACAUGAUGUCCGGGCUACGGCAAAAAGAGACGGGAGCAUGGCCGAUUGACUGGACUGUGAGACGAACGAGAAGAACGCUAUGCUGCCACCUCAUGUGGUGUAGCGGACGGGCUGAUAGUUCCUGUGUCCGAAAGACUACGUUUCUCGGUGCGGAGAGCACCCAUUCUCUCCAGACAGCCAAAGAGACCCUCAGCCUCGUCUGAGACCAAAGCCGCCUGUGGGAAUCUCUUCAGGCUACUCUCUCUUGGUUAUAUCUCCAAAAGUCAACGAACUGGUCUUCGAUCCCACGGAUUGACACUCGAGCCCUGGCGGAAAUGAUUUCUCGGUGGGAUGGGAGAUUAGGACAAACAGAGCCAAAAUACAUGUUGCAGGAUUGGUCAGCUUCUGAGAUGCAAGGGUUCAGACGAAACACGUUGAGCCGUGCCAAGAUGAAGUGCACGAGCUUGAGAAGUUCUAUAGCUGCUACACCUGGCUAGAAGAAAUGAUGAACGCAUAUCAAGUCCAGGGGAGAAAACGGCCUCGACGGUAACUCGCAAGCUUGGCAAACAAAAGCCACCUGCAACUCCAGAAGUUAAAGU